AUGGCCUCAAUUGCACGCAGCAUGAGGGCAGUCCGCCCCUCCGCCCUCUCCCAAUUCACAAAGGCCGCUCCCCGCGCCUUUUUCCCCCGUCCCGCGCAGCGCAGCUUCUCUACAACCCCCAGCAGCUUAAUACGCAAGUACACAAAGGACCACGAGUGGAUUGACCUCAACGCCGACAAGAAGACGGGCGUCGUCGGCAUCUCCGAGUACGCCGCCGAGCAGCUGGGCGACGUCGUCUACGUCGAGCUCCCCGAGGAAGGCACCGAGGUCGCCCAGGGCGACGCCAUCGGCGCCGUCGAGUCCGUCAAGAGCGCCGCCGACAUUAAUGCCCCCAUCAGCUGCAAGGUCACCCAGGUUAACCUCGGUCUCGAGGAGAAGCCCGGCACCAUCAACAAGGUGCCCGAGGACGACUCCCACGGCGGCGGCUGGAUCGCCAAGGUUGAGGUUGACGAGGCGGGCGUUCAGGAGCUUGAGGCGCUCAUGAACGAGGAGGAGUACAAGGCCUUUACCGCUUCCGAGGAUCACUAG